CCCGCUGAUGGCGCGCUUCCAGCGCGCGCUGGCCGGCCUGCUGCGCCGCCAGAUCGGUCAGCUGGACCUCGACCUCGUGCAGCUGCGGAAGGAGCAGCGGGCGUGCACCAAGCACCGCGAGGCGACCGGCGUUCAGCUAUACGAGCGGCAGCUGCAGCUGGCGCGGCUGCAGGAACAGCAGCAGCAGCUGCAGGAGCAGCUGCAGGCGGCGGUGGAGGCCCGCGGCGCGACAGAGCGCUCGCUCGUGGAGGUGCGCCGACAGCACAAGGAGCACGCCGACAAGCUGGAGGCGGACAGGCGACGCGAGAAGGAGCUGCGCGUGGACGUCGGCACGCUGGAGAAGCACGAGUACCACCUGAAGUCGCUGGAGAACGACGCCGACACCGAGCUGCAGCUGCGCCAGAAGAUGGCCGAGCGGGCCGACGCCGAGAUGGCCAAGCUGGAACAGGACAAACAGAGACAGGACUUCCUGAUCGCCCGGCUCUCGUCAGACGCCGACCGUCUGCGCACGGCCAUCCGGCUGAACCAGGUGCAGUCGCGCGCGCAGACGGAGGAGUGCACCCUGGCCAGACAGGUGCUGGCCGAGGCCCAGCUGGAGCUGGAGACGCUCGUGAUGGAGAAGCGCCACCUGACCCAGACGUGGACCAACAGCCUGAACACCAUGCAGAAGCGCGACGAGGAGUACGCCCGGCUGCACGGCAACAUCACUAAAAUGUCUGCUGACCUACACACGGUGGACGGAGAGAUAGCCGGCUACAUCCGCUCCAUAGCGCAGGCCCAGGACAAUAACGAACAGCUGAUGAUGCAGCUGCGCCGGCUGCAGGCUGAGCGGGACAAGUUCCAGAGGGCGUACGACCAGAUGAUGGAGCUGUUCGGCAUGCAGAAGGAGGAGUACGCGCGCUUCCACCACGCGCUGACCGACACGGAAGACAAGCUGUUCCAGUGCCAGACGGAGCAAAAAGCAUGUGGAGCGGCGCAUGAAGCACCUGCAGGCGGACAUGGAGAAGGUGACGGACCAGAAGCGCCAGCUGGAGGACACCAUCCUGGAGACGAUGCAAGAGCGCCUGACGGCCGACAGCGCCGGCAAGUACACCGCCAAGAUCGUGCAGCAAGACUCGGGACGUCACCAAGUACAUGGAGGGACAGGUGGCGGACGUGGAGAACAACAUCGCUCGGCUACUGCUGUCCGUCAGCAACGCUUCCACCUCGGUCACCUACAUGAACACGGUGGUGGAGCAGCUGCUGGCUGAGGUCCGGCUGGCUGAGGAUAACCUCAACAGAUACCAGGUGGAGAUCCACCGCAGUAACGCCGUAAUCCAGCACAAGCAGAACAAAGUACAGGAGCUCAACACCAAGCUGGGCAUCC